AUGCUCGGACCCCGUGCGAUCGCUGUUGCGCGGACCGCCGGCGGGCUCAGACAAGCGUCUUCAUCUGUAGUCAACGCCGCAUCCAAGCCGAUUCUCAGGCAAGGAGCAUCCCUGCCGUUUCGGGGGCGCGACGCCACAUCGGCUCUGCGCAGUCUUUCGAGUACGCCGCUUUCCUCUGCUUCGGUCUCUGCUCCCUCACUCUCAGAAGUGUUGGAUGCUUCGCCCCUUGCGUCCAAUUCGAGCGGGACCACGCCUGCUCAGAGAGCUAGAGAGGCGAAUUUGAGCCCGCAAGAGAGACGCACUUUGUUGGAACAGAAGAAGGAGAGGAAGCUCAAAGAGUAUGAGAGUAGGCUCAAGGUCAAAGCGAUGGAGUGAGUAGGGACACUUGUCUGUCAGCCUGCAUCCUGAGGCGGGCUCGCGACGUCGAGAGCUCGAGUUGCGCGCCUACAGCUGUACAUGGAGCUCAUUCUGCAUCGCGAACCUUUGUCGACGAGCGCUCCAGACAGGGGUUAUCGCUGGACGAACUCACCGCACAAGCCAGACAAAAGUCAGAGGCCGCGGCAAGAGCACGGGUCGAUGCCGCUAAAGCUGCUGCUGAUACCUUCGCGGCAUCUCAGCAAGGGCAGGAGAGCGAAUUCACAUCUAGCAAUGGCAACGAGUCUUUGGAGCAGAGAGAUGCUCGAUUGGCGGCAGAGAUCAGAGCUCGAGCAGAGGCUGAAGCGAAGCGGAAAUUGGAGAGUGGAGAUGUUAGCAGCGGACCUGGAGGCAGCGGUGUCAAGGUGGGUUGAGCAGCGACACUGAUGUCGGCGGCCGAGUCGAUGCGACGCUGGAUUCUAACCCGCGAAAGCCGGUUCAUGGCCUACCACAUUGCAGCCACUCUCGUCCAUCAUCGCACUGGAGAAGCUGGUAGAAGCAGACCCUGGCAAGAUCGGAGAGCUGUGGACGAGCUAUCACACGCUCAAGAAUAAGCUCUCAGCAGUCGUACCUUCGCACAUGUACUCUGCCAUGGUGGAGCGGGGACAGAAGUACAAGCAGUUCGUCCUUCCGCUCCCUCGCAAGAUCAGCGUUUCACCGGAGACGGAUGGCGUGCAAGGAGAGUCAGAAAAGCAGGGUUACGAAAUGUACCUGUGCGAGUGGGCGACCUUGCCUCCUCCACCCAAGCCCCCCGUGGCACAAGGGGCAGCACCAGAAGCUGCAGCUGCUCCUCUGCGUCCAGCUACGGUGCUUUUCACACCACUGGCCGAGUAUCAGCUGCGCCAGGAAUACGCACAGCCAGUGCUAGUGAUCACCUACUACACUGAUCUUUCCUCUUCGAAGGGGGUAGUCCUCAUGCGCGGCGAAGUGACAGAAGCGUCCAACGCCGAAGCAGCUCCUACAGGCUUCCAGGCCGCAGCAGCGGCAGCGGCGCGAGGGGCGAGCGAGGCAGAGCAAGAGAAGCUGACAGCUCCAUUGCAAAGCGAAGCCAAGCUGAGCCAACAAGAUGCUCAGCUGCUCAUCAUGAGCUUGCAGAGGUUCUACCUGCCUGCUGUAGCCAAUGCAAGCGGUGCACAGGAACGUGAAGAGCUGCUGCAGACUUUCCACAGAGAACCGGAGAAGUUUGACGUUGAUCGAUUGUGCAAGCUGGCCUUUGCCCUCGUGUAG